AUGUGGAGUGCAGGAUGCAUGGAACAGUGGGCGCCGACGGCGGCAAUGGUGGCCACCAACGUCGUGAUCGCCGUCAUGAACGCGCUGAUCAAGCAGGCACUGAGCCAGGGCAUGAACAGGCUGGUCCUCAUCACUUUCCGUCAGAUGCUGGCCACCCUGUUCCUUGGACCCAUUGCCUACUUCAAGGAAAGGAACAUGAGACCAAAGUUCACAACCGAAAUCUUUGUCUACACGUUCCUCAGUGGAAUUCUUGGGCCGGUGCUGCUUCAGUACACAUUGUUUGUGGGAUUGGAUUACACGACAGCAACAUUUGCUGCAACUUUCGGAAAUUUGCUUCCAGUGGUUACUUUCCUCAUAUCACUUGCUUUCAGAUUUGAAGCACUGGAGGUGAGGAGCAGGUCAGGGAGCGCCAAGAUCUCAGGGACACUCAUCUCCCUCGGCGGCGCAAUGAUGCUCACCUUCUACAAGGGUUCAGCACUGACCCACACCACCACAUCGCUGUCGCCGUCAUCCAUGGCUCCAUCCUCCUCCGGCAGCAGUGGCGAGCACGGCACGGUCCGGUGGGUGCUGGGCUCCGUCUCCAUGCUCGCCAACGUCGUCGGCUUCGCGCUGUGGCUGCUCCUGCAGCGGAAGUUCACCCGGAAGUACCCGGCCGUGUACUCGGCGACGGCGUUCAUGUCGCUCUUCAGCUUCGUCCAGGCUGGAGCGCUCGCCCUGUCGGUCCAGAGGAGCAGCCUUGCCGUGUGGGCUCUCAGGGGAACCGUAGAGAUCGCCACGGUGGUCUACUGUGGUAUAGUGGCAUCCGGCAUUGGGUACCUUCUGCUCACAUACUGCGUGGAGAAGAGAGGCCCUGUGUUCACUGCUGCCUUCAGCCCGCUCGCUCAGAUCUUCGUUGCCGGCAUCGACCUCUUCAUCCUCCAUGAACCUCUCUACCUUGGAAGCGUGCUAGGAUCAGUGCUGGUUAUUCUCGGACUCUACCUUGUGCUGUGGGGCAAGAAAGAGGAAGCUGCUGCUGAGGCGGCGGCGAAGCCAGUUCAAGUGGCCGAGGUAGAACAGCAAGAGAAGGUGUGA